AUUGGAGAUGAAUUCAGCCUAAUUUACAUUGAAGAGGUUAUGUGUGCUUAGUAGAAUAACUUGAAGAAUAUGCCUUUAUGACACUGUUCAGUUUAUAAAAGGAAAGAAACAAGUUGUACCAGCUGAUAGUGUGUAUAUCGAUGAAAACAUAGAUUAUUGCAUUGGUAUGUAUUUGGAGGACCACCAUAUUUGUCAUAACCUUGCUGUUCGUGGAUGACGCUUGCUUGCAGGACUUGACUGACGGAUUUCAGGGACUCAAAAUUCUAAACAGUGGGAAGGGUGACAUUCGACAGCCCCCAACUCUUUUCAUCUCAGUCAAGGACAAUUCAUUCCAGCGGAUGGGAUCAGUCGAGGCAGAUUGUUUGUCUUCACUUUCGCGCUGGAGAUUACUGCUGGGCUUUUGAUUGGUUAUUCCUGUAAAUCGGAUCCGGACGCAUCCAGUAGGUGGUGGCUUGUGCUUCAGUGGCACAGGAGACGAUCCAGAGAGGUUAGACCCGCAGUUUCUAACGGAGCUGUCCACUCCUCUGGUGGUGCUGAACGUCAGAGAUUCGCUCUUCGUAGCCCACCCGAUGGUUGAUGGUAUUCGAAAAGGAUUUACUGACUUCACGUUUACAAACUUAUAGGCUAUUGUGUGGAUGUCGAGUUACAAUCGGUGGAUUUGAUCGGACCAGUUUGACAUAUAGUUGUUGUGAACUACUGUUUAAAAAAACAAUCUCGUUCGGAUUAUCCUUCUGGAUGGUUUGCGUCUGGACAUACAGGAACAGACCAAUGAGGACAUCCAGAUGGUGCUCGCUGGCGUUCUUGUUGGGAGUGGUCUCCCUCGGAGUGGGAGUCAUUGAGGGGAGACCGGGCAAGGAGGAGGGAUUCGGUCCGCCACCUUAUCGACCUGUCAUGAGGUUCCGACAUAAGGAUGGGCUCCCAGGGAGUUUGCAGAUAAAGGGGAUUUUGGGCCAUAACAAGGGCUUCCAGAGUCCUUGUGAGCACAAGUACUGUGGCCUUGGGCGUCACUGCGUGGUCAACCAUGAGAGUGGUAAAGGGGAGUGCAACUGUCUGGACCGCUGUAAACCCCACUACAAACCGGUGUGUGGCUCGGACGGCAAGUUGUAUCAGAACCACUGUGAGCUCCACCGUGCCUCCUGUCUGGGUGCACAGAGAAUUACUAUCAUGCACAGCGAGGAAUGCUUCUACAAAGAUGACAACUGCAGACUGAGUGACUACCGGAGGUUGAAGACCAAAAUUCUGAACCUGCAUGACCAGCGAUACAUGGAAACUGGCAACCGUGGGGGCCACAAAGAAAACAUGGCCACCAGAAAGAAGCUGGUCGACCUUCUGUUUAAGCGCUUCGACGCCGAUGGUAGCGGGAGAGUAGACAGCAGCGAACUAUCACAGGUCAUCAAGCAGGAAGGUCUGUCCAAGGAUGUCUCUGAGUGCACCCUGUUUGACCUUCUCAAAUACAACGACAUCAAUGACGACGAGCACCUGACAAAGGACGAGUUCUAUACAGCUUUCGAAGUGUUCCAGCUCACCCUGCCCGAUGACCAGAAAUUGAGGAUCACCACGGUAACCGUUGGCCAGAGUGCCAUCUUGACUUGUGCAAUCACAGGGGAGCAGAGACCUCCCAUCAUCUGGAAACGCAACAAUCAGGUUCUCAACUUGCUGGAUCUGGAGGACAUAAAUGAUUUCGGAGAUGACGGCUCAUUGUACAUCACCAAGGUGACCACCACCCAUACAGGGAACUACACCUGCCAUGCUGACGGGUACGAGCAGCUCUCGCAGACGCACACGCUCCAGGUGAACGUUCCUCCCGUCAUCCGCGUCUACCCAGAGAGCCAGGCACGGGAGCCAGGGGUGACGGCCAGUCUUCGGUGCCAUGCUGAGGGUAUCCCCAACCCACAACUGGCAUGGCUGAAGAAUGGCAUGGACAUCGCUACCAAGCUGUCCAAACAGCUCACCCUGCAAGCUAACGGAAGCGAGGUGCACAUCAGCAACGUCCACUUCGAGGACACGGGGGCGUACACCUGUAUCGCCAAAAACGAUGCCGGGGUGGACGAGGACAUCUCCUCCCUGUUUGUGGAGGAUUCGGCGCGCAAGACCCUGGCAAACAUUCUGUGGAGAGAGGAAGGUCUUGGAAUUGCCAAUAUGUUCUAUGUGUUUUACGAGGAUGGUAUCAAAGUCAUCCAGCCAGUGGCAUGUGAGAUCCAGAGACACAUAAAGCCCAGUGAGAAACUACUGGGACUUCAGGCUGAGGUUUGCCCCAAGUCAGUGGGGGAGGUCAAGCAGAAGUGUGUGUGGUCAUCAGCAGUUAACGUGAAGGACAAGUUUAUUUAUGUCACACAGCCAACCUUGGCCAGAGUGCUUGUGGUCGACAUCACGUCUCAGAAGGUUGUCCAGACGGUGAGCACAGACCCCUACCCGGUGAAGCUGCACUAUGACAAAUCCCACGACCAGGUGUGGGUCCUCAGCUGGGGAGACAUGGAGAGAAACUUUCCUACUUUGCAGGUGAUCAAUCAGGCCAGCGGGAGUGUGUCCCACCAUACCGUCCACACCCAGCCGGUUGGCAGACGCUUUGAUAGAGUGGAGGAUUUCUUCAUUCCUGCCGCCAGCCUCAUCAUUAAUCACAUCAGAUUUGGAAUCGUCCUCCACAGAAAUGAACCGGCGCUCCACAAGAUCGACCUGGAGACCACGUCGUCAGGGAAGAACAUCAGCCUGCUCAAGUACAACUGCAUUCCCAAGUCCCUGGCUUACACCCACCUGGGAGGCUACUACUUCAUCAACUGCAGGCCUGAUUCCACGGGCGCCACCCAGCCCCAGCUCAUCGUAGACAGUGUGACAGACUCCGUGAAUGGACACAAUGGGGACGUCACCGGCACCCCGUACGUGUCUCCGGACGGUCACUACCUGGUCACAGUGGACGACCGCAACGGCUUGAUGAGAAUCCAGCAGAUCACGGUGCGCGGGGAGAUCGGCGAGCCCUUCGACAUCCACACCAACCUUCACCUGUCUGAUGUGGCCUUCCAGCCGUCGUUCACCGAGGUCCACCAGUACAACGUCUUCGGAAGUUCGGGAAGCCAAACGGACUCUCUAUAUGUCGAGCUGAGCACAGGCAAUGUGAAGAUGAUCAAGAGUCUGAAGGAGGCCACCAAGACUUCCGAUUGGCCGUGGAGCAGUAGAAACCGCGUGAUGACCGGCAGUGGACUUUUCGGACAGUACCUCAUGACCCCGUCCAGGGAGUCUAUUUUCAUCCUGGACGGUCGUCUCAACAAGCUCAACUGCGAGAUCACCGAUGUUGUCAAAGGCAACGUAGUGACGUGGGUUGGCGAGUCGUAGGCCGGUCUGUGUUUAGACUCGUCUUGUGUUAUUAUUAAGGUACAGUUGCACUGAAUUUGGUUGCAGAUACAUAAUUUAUUGGGUGUGAAGAAAAACGUAAGCAAUUCUCAAAACCAAAAUUCACAGAUCAAAAUCGUAUUAGAUGUUGGGAACUUCAUAAAAAAAAUAGGGAGUGAUUUGUUGGCGUUGUUUACUAGCCAAGUUGAAAUCUUGGUGGUUCCACAAUAUCUUCUAGGGGAUAUCAGUUCAAAUUAGACAAAUUAGAGUCAUAUUAGCAUUUUUCGAUUGCAAGUCUUGCUAAUUCAAUUCGAUGGACGUUUUUUGAUAAUCACAUCAACUCGCAUCUCGCUAAAAAGAGGGAGAAAAUAGGUCUAGACUAUCCUCUGUUUUGUCUACUCCCGUUCCAUUUUUUUCCUGUGCCUUGAAGGAAAACAAACUCCAAAAGAGGAAUUCACAUAAUUAUUCCCAUUGCGGCUGCAGAUUACACCUUCUCUUUGACCCUCCUUCAUGGUGAGAGAUGCUCCAAAAAUCCAUGUUUCUCGUCUUAUUUUCAUCUCAGACCGACGUGGAGCCCAUUCUGGGCUAAUUAAAAUGAGCUCUUGCUGAGACCCCGUCUCGUUUGAAGUGGAGAUAGAGAGAUUGAGUUGUCCAUUAUGAUGUAGUGCUGCUUGGUCACCUUUGAUCUCUGAGAGUCUUCAACAGAGCUAGUGAUUUGAAUGUGAUUUCGUCCAACAAUCCAAGUCUCAAUGACAAUGUUAAUAGAUUGAUUCGUCUUAAUAUUUGCGGGAUAAAUUCAUGAAAGUUUCACACUUUGAUUCACAAGGUCAAUGUGUGUGUGUGUGUGUGUGUGUAGAAAAAUAUUCAAAUUUGAAGAAUAUCCCUGGCCCAAAAGGAGUCAUAGUAUAUAAUAGAAUGUACUUACAUAUUGUCAGUCAAUUUUGGCAAAGUUUAGCAAUUGGAUAUGUAUCAUUACAGUGAAAUAAAGAGGGAUUUGUUUAGUUGGAAGUGGAUUUGUGCAGUUGUAGAGAAUAGAGGCCCUAUGAGCUGUGUGGGUCUAAGGAUAAUAUAGAGAGAGACCUUGGUCUAUAAGCUUCAAAUGUGAGUCACAUUUCUUUUCAAAUGCUACAAGGCAGAACAUAGUUGGAUGAAUCAGUUGUACCUAUGAAACCUGGCAAGUAUGUGGCCCGUUGUGCUUAGGACACAAGUUCUUUCCUCGAAGGACACAUUCUAUGCAUUUUCACCAUAGCACUCUAACACAAACACAAUGAGGAAUAUGUUAAUGUAUUAUUUUUCAAAUCUAAUGUUGGACCUCUGGUUGGUUAUGGACAGGUCCAUUUUAUGUUCCCAAUUAAGAUUUUUAUAUAAUUUGAUGUUUUGUUUUAUUUAGUCAAUUCAAUUUCAAUUCAUGAAAAAAAAACAAAAAAAGAUGUCACAUUUUCUUUGGUGUUGCCCCUUGAUACCCAUAGGACUGUACUGAUUACCUGUGACUUUACUUAUUGUUUUCUGUAUAUAGCAGCAGAGUUGACUGAGUUCCUGAACAUGGAAGUUUUCAUACAGUUUUUGAGGGCUCUGUUCAUUAUUUUGUGCAUAUGCACCCACCUUUCAAGAAACGAAAAGAGCACCAUUGUCAUCUCGCUAUCCUUGACCAAGUACAUUGUGAUUUCACCUACUGAGACAUUGUAGUUUUCAUUAUAGCCAUGUGCUGUUUGUUGAUUCAUGUGGUUAUUAUUUAUGUAGAGAAUACACACUUGACAUUUUACCUGACAAUAAAGUCUAUACUUCCUUUCUGUGGAAA